GUUUAACAGAACGGGCCGUUAAACCUCUCAGCUUCCUUAACAGACGGCGCCAAACUGAGCCCCUGUCUCCGUCCGGCCCAAGCUCUGUCUACGGCGGAGCUGAUUGUUCCGCCAUGUCCACGGCCUCUCUUGUCUCCUCGCUCUCCGACAGCCUCCGGCAGGUCCCUCCGGUUGCUGUCCCGCCGUUGCUGGACUGUGUUCUAGCAUCAACUGGGGCAUCUCCUUCCUCACUGUUCGCCUCCCUCCUCACUUCUUUUCCUCUCCUCACUGAGGGUGAUCAAAGGGAUGGCCAGAAAUGGGAUGCUGCAGGAUGCAACCGUAUUGGGUCAUUUGUUCGGGCACUUUGCCAUCUUCUAAAACAACUUGGGACCAAUCAUGAUGCUUUGGAAUCUUAUAUCUGGAAAAUUUUCAUUCCACUGAUGAAGAGGGUUCAUUCUUUUGACCGCGAAAUGUUGAACCAAAUUGCAGAAUCAUUUUUCGAUGUUGUUGGGGAUACUAAUGCCUGGAGGAUCGUGGAGGUCACCUUGGUCCCAUUUCUUCUGAGAUCUAUUGGCAUGUCCAUUGGGAUGGUUUGUAAUUCACAAUUGGAUGUCUUUGAAUGGGGCUCAUUCACUGGCCAAUCCAGGAGCUUUAUGAAUUGUCCAGUAAUUGAGAACACGGAAAUGGUGUCCUCCUCUGGCUCCGUACUGGUACCGACAUCAUGCCAUAUAUUAGCCCAAAUUUUGGAUGCUGUUCUUGAAAGUGAGAAACUUGGUCCAGGGUCUGACAAGAUGUUUAAAAAUGGGUAUGGAGUAGAAAAGUUUGCAGGGAAGUUACUUUGGGAGCUCUGCCUUAUGUCUGAACGAUUGCUUCUGCAUAGUCCUCAGCAGCGGUCCUGUGCUAUCAACCUUCUUCUCCCAACCAUUUUUAGAGCUUACUUAUCUCAACCCCGCUUUGAAAUCUCACUUCCAGGCCAGACACAUAUAUUUUCCCGGAAGCUUUUCACUGAAAAGAUUUGGAAGUGUUGCAAAACAUUGUUUUCUCUAGGAAAUGUAGAGAGAAGGGAUGCAUACUGUGUACUCUCGCUGUGCUUAUCCUUUUCUCCACAUGAAGAAGAAUAUGAUCAUGCAGACACAAGCAACCAUGCUAGGGAGUUUGAUAUUAGAGAUGAUAAAGAAUUAUGGGAUGAAAUCAAGAGGGGUCUGGUUGAUAAGGAAAGCCUUGUGAGAAAGCAAUCACUGCAUAUACUGAAGAUGGCGCUUGGCAUCAGCGAAGGAAACCAAACUCAGUGUGAUCUAUCCGGCACUGAAUCAAGAGAAAAACAUUCAGAUACUCGUGUCAUGACAAAGAGAGAGAUUUGGGCUGAAAAGGAAGCGAGAUCGCUUGGCAUAGAGAGGGUGAGCAACUCAAUCGAUAUCAACCUAAACACCCAGCAGUCAUGGGAGGCAUUCAUACUUCUGUACGAAAUGCUCGAAGAAUACGGGACGCACUUGGUAGAAGCAGCUUGGACUCAUCAGAUAUUUUCCUUGCUAAAUUUUUGCAGUUCACAUGAUAAGUGUGGGAGCUGUAGCUCUGAAGGUAUUAAUCAACAUCUUCCAGUGUCUGGUGAAUUUUCCAACUGGUUAUCAAUCUUAUGGGACCGGGGCUUUCAUCACGACAAUCCUCAAGUUAGAUGCCUUAUCUUGGAAUCAUUUGUUGGGAUUGAAUGGAACAACUUUGGAAGCUGUGUAAAAGCAUUGCCUGAGUCUUUUGUCCUCGGUCCACUUAUGCAAGGGUUGAACGAUCCCAUCCAUCAUGAAGAUUUUGGCACGAAAGGAGUUUAUUCUUCAAAGGCAAUUGAAGGUGCAUCUCGGUUUUUACACCAAUAUACUUGUCAUCUAGGCAACAGGCAAAAACAGAUAGCGUUUUUGACUGAGCUUGCUUCCAUUACCAAGCGCCAGUCUUUUGGUAGAGCUGGAUUAAUGGCCCUUUCGGAAUGCAUUACUUCAGUGGCUCGUCGAAUCAGAAUCGACAAUGACAUUGAAGCAGAGAUAUUGAAAAAAACUUUUCCUCAUAAGCUUCAAGUGAAGCAGUCUACAGUUUGUUCACCCCUCAGUGAUAUGACGGAUCUAUUGGAUGCCCUCCGAUACGUUGUUGAAAGCUGCAAACAACAUUUUAAUCCUAAUUACCGCCGUCAAGUUUGUGACAAGAUAUUGGAGGCUGCUUCUUCUGUGGUUUGUUCAUUUUCUGCGCCUCUUCAGAUUCUUAUACAUUUCAUCGGCUCUUUUCCUCGGGAAUUUACAGUUUAUGGUGGUUCUUUACGAUCCAAAUUCCAUGCAUGGCUAUUGGGUUGUCGCAAGGAGCAAUGUAGUAACAACUGCUGCAGUUAUGAAUUGAAGCUUUUGACCAGCCUUAUAGAAUUUCCUGGAAAAUUCAUACGUUUUCAGAAUUCUGUUGGGGUUUCUUUUACAUUUGAUGAUGAGGAUUUGGCAGCCUGGGAGUCUGAAGCAAAAAGAUGGGCUAUGGUUCUUUUUCUUGUUGCAGAGGAGGAAUGUUAUUUAGAGCCACUUUUGACGUUUAUCCAAAAUCAUUGCACUAUCUUCAACCAAGAGAGUAUUGAUGAAGGGGUACCUGUGAAGUAUAUCAUCUUCAUAUUGAGCUUGCUUCUGGAGCUUCAAGAGAUGCGUGAGAGAGGUUUCAAAUUUGGUAACAGUUUUGGAGUAAAGUCAGAACAUGGUUCUCUUGUGGAUGCUUUAAAUCCUUUGGAAGCUUCCGGUAUCAAUGGGAAGUUUCUGUGCAUAUUUACUCGUGUCCUGAAGAAUUUGGUUGCAUAUGCCAAUGUAUCAUGUUCAAUAUUCUGGUCAAGCUUUACAAUGAAAGAUGCACAAUUGCCUGGUUCUGUAAAGGGAAAGCUUGGAGGACCUAGUCAACGGCGCUUAUCAACGUCUCUCACUACAGUUGUGCUGCAAGCUAUAAUGUCCGUGAAGGCUGUUGCCUCAAUCUCUUUAUGGUGUGCGGAGAUGAGAUGUGACGUAUCACUUGAUUUCUCUUUCAACUUUUUGUGGGAUUUCUUAUGGAGAACUAUUUCUUCUUCUAUCUCUGAUUCAGAGAUGGGGGCAGAACUUCAUCUUGCAGCAUAUGAAGCUUUGACUCCAGCUCUGAGAACUUUGGUCUCGGCCUUCUCUCAAUUAGCUUCAGAUCUCGUGUGGGAAAAGGAUAAAUCUAUGACACAGAAACCAGAAGGCAAACCCCAGUUGGAUUCCCUAGUCUUUACUUUUCUCCAAAAUGUCAAUGAUCUUCUGGCAAUAAAGUACCUGGCACGAACUCGACGGGCAGUUUUGAUGAAUUGGAAGUGGCAUUGCCUAGAGUCUCUGUUGUCAAUUCAUUUCAUCGCUCAAAAGAAUGGGAUACAAGUUAAGGGCAACAAAUUUUUCUUCUCGGAUGCUGCUGUCAGAUUGAUUUUCAGCGAGCUUGUUGAGAGCCUUGAAAAUGCUGGGGAGGAUUCCGUUCUACCCAUUCUGAGAUCAGUCAGAUUGGUUUUGGAGCUCUUUGCUUCAGGGAGGUCGGGAUCAGUUGUUUCCUCACGUGUUCAUAUGGAUACUCAGAUGAUGUGGCAGCUGGUUCGUUCCUCUUGGAUCCUGCAUGCAAGCUGCAACAAGAGGAGAGUAGCGGCUAUUUCUGCACUGUUAUCAUCUGUUCUGCAUCCUUCUGUGUUCAGUGAUGAGAGCAUGCAUAUUAGCGAAAGUGCAUUUGGGCCCCUCAAAUGGUUUGUUGAAAUGGUUCUCGAGGAAGGUACGAAAAGUCCGCGAACGAUUCGUCUAGUUGCAUUGCAUUUAACAGGACUGUGGCUUUCAUGUCCAAGAAUCUUGAAGUGCUACAUUAAAGAGCUGAAGCUUUUGUCACUCUAUGGUUCUGUUGCAUUUGAUGAGGAUUUUGAAGCUGAAUUAUCUGAGAAUCGCGAUGCGAAGAAUGAAGUAUCUGUACUAGCAAAGAUCCCUGAACCUGAAUUAACUGAAGUUUUUAUAAAUACGGAGUUGUAUGCACGUGUCUCCGUCGCUAUCCUGAUUAGUAAGCUCGCCAACCUGGCCGAAAGGGUGGGAUCUGCCAAUGAGAAUGAAGAUUGUAUUGCUGCACUUGAAGCUGGAAAAUUGUUUCUAUUAGAGCUUCUUGAUUCCGCGGUAAAUGAAAAGGAUCUUGCGAAGGAGUUGUACAAGAAGUACAGCGCGAUACACAGGCGCAAAAUACGUGUUUGGCAGAUGAUAUGCGUCUUGACCCCAUUUGUUCGUGAAGAUAUAGUGGAGCAAGUUACCCAUAGCUUGCACAUAGCCCUAUAUCGAAAUAACUUACCUGCCGUUCGCCAAUACCUAGAAACAUUUGCAAUCAAUGUUUACUUGAAGUUCCCAUCAUUGGUGAGGAAGCAGUUAGUUCCCAUCUUACGAGAUUAUGGUGCGAGGCCUCAGGCACUCUCCUCCUAUGUAUUCAUAUCAGCAAAUGUGAUUCUACAUGCAUCUGAAUCGGUCCAGUCCAUGCAUUUGGAUGAUUUACUUCCUCCUAUCAUUCCACUUUUGACCUCACAUCACCACAGUCUACGCGGAUUUACUCAGUUACUGUUAUAUAAAGUAUUAUGCAAAUUUUUCCCUCCAAUAAGCUUUGGAGCCUUAGAAAGUACAACUCUAGAGAAGAAGUCCUUCGAGGAUUUGAAGGAGUACCUGGCCAAGAAUUCUGAUUGCGCACGUUUACGGGCAUCAAUGGAAGGUUACCUCGAUGCUUACAACCCUUAUCUCUCAGCUACUCCAACAGGAAUUUUUGUCAAUCGGGUUGAGGAGCUCGAAUUUGAAUGUGUCCCGACAUCCCUCAUGGAUCACGUGCUCAACUUUUUAAACGAUGUGAGGGAAGAUCUUAGAUGUUCAAUGGCAAGGGAUGUAGUGACCAUCAAGAAUGAGGGCUUAAGGAUUGAUGAACAACAUGACUCCCAAGAAGCAUCUUCUCUUCCCAAUGGCAGUAACUCCCAGCCAGCUGAAUAUGCUUCCAUGGACUUUCAGAAAAAGUUUACUCUUUCAAAACAUGAGAAGCAAGAUGAUGGACUUAGCUCCUUCAUGGGUCUCAAUGAAACCUUAAAACAACUCUUAGAGACGGAGAAGGAGGAUCAGCUCGUGGACCAGCUAUUGCAGUCAAGACUCGUGACAUUAGAUAGAAUCAGAUCCAGUAGGCAGAAUAUUAUCCUAGUGGCAUCUCUAAUAGAUCGAAUCCCCAAUCUUGCUGGACUUGCACGGACUUGUGAGGUGUUUAAGGCUUCUGGGUUAGCUAUUUCUGAUGCUACUAUAUUACGUGACAAGCAAUUCCAACUCAUCAGCGUGACAGCGGAGAAGUGGGUUCCAAUAAUGGAAGUACCUGUAAAAAGCUUGAAGGGUUUCUUGGAGAAGAAGAAGCGUGAAGGCUUUUCGAUACUAGGAUUAGAGCAGACAGCUAAUAGUGUUCCUCUUGAUCAGUAUACGUUCCCGAAGAAGACGGUUCUCAUCCUAGGACGUGAAAAGGAGGGAAUACCGGUGGAAAUAAUCCAUAUACUCGACGCUUGCAUUGAAAUUCCGCAGCUGGGAGUUGUUCGAUCGCUGAAUGUUCACGUUAGUGGAGCCAUUGCUCUCUGGGAGUAUACUCGACAGCAGAGAUCCUGAUACCUAACUGAAUUCUUAAAGAUCCGUUGUAGGCUUGUAGCUGUCAACUGACCAUUUUUCGAUGUUUACGGCAGUAAUGUAAUGAUCCUGUCCAUGGAACAGUACUGUAUUCUUUGAUCAUGGGCAUAUAAUCUCCUUUUGCUAUGUAUAAAAGGGACGAACCGGAAGGCAAAUCAAAAGUUUUGCAUCAAA